AUGGCUCACAAAGUGAAAAAUAAUCAUUACGUGGCGACACACCGUUCAGGGGUUGAUUCGCCCUCGUCCGGAGGAUAUCUACACAGAGCGCCGUCACGAGAUGAAAAUGACAGCCACCGAGCUCCAUCUGAAAGAACACUAUCAGAAUAUACUGCAAUAGAUGAGCGCACACGCUCGCCGUCCGCUGGAGAACACAGGAAUGGGCGACGGCAUCCCAAUGGUUCCCCGCGGGACUCCGGCUCUGAAGUGUACGUCACUAGCGCUGCGUACCGACCGCCAUCUGAAAUAAGUCGGCAGUCGCGCGCGCCUCGUAGCGUCUACUCGUACCGAAGCGCGGUAGCACCCUCCGUGGCCUCUACACACCGCUCUAAAGUCUCUAGAAAGGCGGGUGUGAAAGUAGACGCAAUGGCAGCCCCCAACCCCUUCUGUCCGAACGUAAAAGGCAUGUGCUGCCUCAUGCUGCUCCUCAACCUGGGCCUCAUCCUCGUCACCUUGGGCUUCGUCAUUGUACUGCAGUUCUUUGAGCCACUGUUUGUUUGGAUUCUGGGUAUAGUUUUCCUUAUAUUCGGCUUCAUCACACUCGUCGGCAGUCUCAUAUACUGCGUAGUACUUUGCCGAGAGAACCCUUACCCGAGAUAUCCAGACGACUUCUACUGGACUCACCACUGGUCAAAAACCAUCGGCCCUUCAGAAAUACACUAUAGUGCUAGUGAAAAACCGUACAGACAGAACGGUCAUGACCGAUACAAUAAGUAUAACGGUAAAUAUUCUGACCGUGAAAGUGCUAAGGGGUAUUCUGAUAGAGAAAGUAAGUUAAGCAGGUAC